GGGGCACCGCCAUCUUGGAUAAGGGGGGGGAUGGGGGCGCAGUAGAGCCGUCAGAACUGAGCCUGUGGGAGCCCCGGAGCGAGGCAGAGACCCAGCCCGGCCGCCGUUGCCCAGCCCGAAGCAGAGCCGUACAGCGCCCAGAGGGGACCGGGCUGCCGCCGUCGCCGCCACCGAGAGAGCCAAGCUGCACAACCACCAGCUCCCCGAGCCCAGUUCCUGCUGGAGUCUCUUCCUCCUGUCCUUCCUGCUGUGCUCUAAACUAUUGUCCACACCAUUUUGUUUGGAUUAGUUUCCUUUUUAGUGCCACAAUGGCAACUGCACCUUACAACUACUCUUACAUCUUUAAAUACAUCAUUAUUGGGGACAUGGGUGUAGGAAAGUCCUGCUUACUUCACCAAUUCACAGAAAAGAAAUUUAUGGCUGACUGUCCCCACACAAUUGGGGUCGAAUUUGGUACAAGAAUAAUUGAAGUUAGUGGCCAAAAAAUUAAACUGCAGAUCUGGGACACAGCAGGACAAGAGCGAUUUAGGGCUGUAACACGAAGCUACUACAGAGGAGCAGCAGGAGCUCUCAUGGUCUAUGAUAUUACUAGAAGAAGCACAUAUAACCAUUUAAGCAGCUGGUUGACAGAUGCAAGGAACCUCACCAAUCCAAAUACUGUGAUAAUCCUCAUAGGAAAUAAAGCAGAUCUGGAAGCACAGAGAGAUGUUACAUAUGAAGAAGCCAAACAAUUUGCAGAAGAAAAUGGGUUGUUGUUCCUUGAAGCAAGUGCAAAAACAGGAGAGAAUGUUGAAGAUGCAUUCCUGGAGGCUGCCAAGAAAAUCUACCAGAAUAUCCAAGAUGGAAGCCUGGAUCUGAAUGCUGCAGAGUCAGGUGUACAACACAAACCUUCAGCUCCACAGGGGGGUCGACUAACCAGUGAACCCCAGCCCCAGAGAGAAGGCUGUGGCUGCUAGUGACCUCUAUUCCAUGGCUCCAUUUUUGACCUUUCACCUCUGUUGGAAGCAGUACUUUUGACUGCUUCAUUGUCUUCUGUACAUCUUACUGGGUUUAAUUAAACUCUGAGACAACAGUUUAACACAAUACUAAACUGCUAAACAACUUUAGAUGUAAUCAGGUUAUCAAAGGCAAGUAGAGUAAUAAAACCUCUCCUGCAUGGUAAAUCUAG